UCGGCGUUUAGCAGUAGCCCUUAGCACUAGCCGCCGCGACCAAGACAGUGCGGGCCUAGACCUUGGCUCUUCAGGUUAUUCAGCCCCGUCAUGACAGCCCUGCUCGCCCGCCUCGGGCGUCGCGCCGACGCCGUCCCCCUCCUGGUGGCCGCGGCCACCCUCCUCUGCACCCCUCUGACGGCGGCCGUCAAACGGUCGGCCAACAUGACGGCGCCCAAGGGCCGCGUGCUGUUCGACUUCACGGGCGCGGCCGCCUCCGUGUCGGACUGGGAGGAGCAGUCCGACGUGGUGCGCUCGGUGGGCAUGUCCAAGGCGGCCCUGGUGCUGCAGCGCACGCAGCUGUUCCAGCGCGCCGUCUUCUUCACGCUGCUCAACCCGCAGCCCAACGGCGCCGGGUUCGCCGGCAUGCGCGUCGCCACCCAGCUCGACCUGAGCUCGCACACCAAGCUCGCGCUCUCGUGCCGCGGCCAGGGCCAGAACCUCGGCUACAAGGUGGUGCUCCGGCACCGCGGCCUCAACGACGAGCCCAACCCCACCUACGAGCAGAUGUUCACGGCGCCCGGCGACGGCGAGUUCGCCACCGUGGAGCUGCCGCUGAAGGACUUCCUGCCGUACUACCGCGGCCAGCAGAUAAAGGCCAACCCGCUGGACACGAGCCACGUGACGAGCGUCGAGCUGCAGAUGUACGGCGGCGUCUACCUGGCCAGCAAGCAGGCGGGCGCGUCCAGCCUGGAGAUCAACUGGAUCACCGCCGAGUGACUGGAGACCACGUCGCGGGCCGCGCGCCUCGCGCCGGAGCAGCAGCACGCCAACGCCGCCGCAGCCGCAAUCCUCCUGGCGUCCGCAAUAAAGUUAUUGAUUUGAAUACGUAA